GUUUAAUGUUUUGCAAGUAAUUUAACCAGCUAGCUAGCAAAAGCUAUCAGUAGAUAGCUAAUCAAUUUGACGAAACGAACAAAAGCAUUCAGGUAAUGUCGUCUUGUUUAUUGCUAGCUACUUUUCCUAUGACCAACUAUCAUUUACAGCUGACUUGUUAUACAAAGUUCAAGUUUGAUUAAAUCGACUAACUUACUAGCUAGCGCUGAACAGAAGCAACAUUGGCGAGUUAAUAGCUACCACAAUUGCUAGCUGGAUAUUUAGUUCAAAUCUACACCUAUAAUUGGUGAGUGAAAAUAAAAACGGAGGUGUAUGAGGUUGCUUGUGUUACUCGUAUAAUUAGGUAGUGAGUAUAGUUAGCUAACUAGCUACGUUGUCUUAGUUAACAAUAUCAAAUUAGUGUUUGCAGCUGUGUCAACUUGGCCACAAAAUCAUCUCUGACCACACAGAACAGUGCAGGGCUCUCAACCCUUUUCCUGGAGAGCUACCCUCCUAUAGAUUUGUAAUCCAACCCUAGUUUUAACUAACCUGAUUCAGUUGAUCAACCAGCUAAUUAUUAUCAGGUGCGCUAGAUUAGGAUUGGAGCGAAAACCUACGGUAACUCUCCAAGAACAGGGUUGGAGAGCCUUGCAUCAGUGUGGAUAGAGGAAUGGAGCCAAAUAACCUUGACUUAGGUAACGUUAGCUAGCUAGACAAAGCAGCCUUCCAGUUUCACAGAUUGGUCAGUGACAACUAACUAGUCUGAAUAUCUACGUAUCUGUAACGUUUCUGUAGAUUUUCGCUGGUAUAAUUGUAUAAAUGAAGAGUUUAUUUCUGAAAACGCUGUUAUAUCCACCAAUUUUCAAAAAAUGUUUUCACCCAAAUGGUUGCUUAUGGGUACCUUCGUGUGUGUGUGUAAAAUAUGAAUGUUUUCACAUUUUUUAUUCAUAGAUUUUAGAUGUGUAUUAAAAUGUUUUUUUUUUGCGAAACACUAUCCAUUGUUUAGGUGGGAGGGAAUGUUCGUAUACUGUAUUUGACUGUGAUAUGUGGUUGUCUCGGCUAGCUAUUUUAAGAUCAAAGUGGCUCUGGAUAAGAGCAUCUACUAAAUGACCACGUUUACAAACAUACAAAUAUCCCGUUUAUUCGGGAUAUUCAAGUAUUAUGUUUUUGAGUUGACGCAUAUAAUAAACGUCAUAUCACGUUUACAAAGCUUGUAUCCCGGUUAUGAAAACCCAGAUAAGAUGCCUGGGAUAUGUUGCUCUUAGACUGUAUACUGUGGCACGUAAACGUCUUGUUUUUCGCGGUCUGCGCAGGCUCAGUUUCGCAUAUAAUGGGUGUUGUGUGAUGACGUUUAUUUGAUUGUCAAACAAGUCACUUCAAAAAGUAGGCUACCUGCUCAGUUCGAUCCACCAUAAUACUUUAUUUAGGUUGUUAAACCGUAUUCGCUUUUUCUCAAGAGAUAAAUAAAUAAUAUUUCUACACCUGUACUGAGACAAAAUUAACAUUUGGUAUAUCGUUUUACUACAAGAAAUACAUAAUUCUGCAGGAGUUAAUAUUAUAUUACGCUACAUGUGAGAGGUUAUAGGCCUACAGUUGGUGUCCAGAUUUCAGUUACUAUUCAAUUUAACCCAUAUUAACUUAAAUUAGGAACAUUCUGUUUGUUCAUGGUUACAAGGAUAACUGUAAACAGGAUAUCAGAGGUGCAUGUGAACAGCUUAUCCUGAAUAGGACUAAGCAGGAUAUGAGCUACUACCUGGAAUACUGUGUGCGUGUAAACGUGGUCAAUGACUAAUGGCAAAUGUAAAUGUUUUACAUACAGAUCUCAAAUAAAGGUGAAAUAAAAUAACAUAAAUAUAUUAAUUAACUUUUUAUAGAUAUAUGUCAUAAAUGUAUCAUUUGUACAGUUCUUUAUAAAAAUGUAUACUGCACAAAAAUAUAAACUCAACCAUUUUGACAAUUUUACUGAGUUAGUUUAUAUAAGGAAAUCAUCAAUUGAAAUAAAUAAAUUAGGCCCUAAUCUAUGGAUUUCACAUGACUGGGCAGGGGGGCAGCCAUGGGAGGGCAUAUGCCCACCCACUGGGGAGCCAGGCCCAGCCAAUCAGAAUGAGUUUUCCCCCACAAAAGGGCUUUAUUACAGACACAAAUACUCCUCAGUUUCAUCAGCUGUCCGGGUGGCUGGUCUCAGAUGAUCCCGCAGGUGAAGAACCCAGAUGUGGAGGUCCUGGGCUGGCUUGGUUACACGUGGUCUGCGGUUUUGAGGCCGGUUGGACGUACUGCCAAAUUCUCUAAAACAACGUUGGAGGCAGCUUAUGGUAGAGAAAUGAACAUUCAAUUCUCUGGCAACAGCUCUGGUGGACAUUCCUGCAGUCAGCAUGCCAAUUGCACACUCCCUCAACUUGAGGCAUCUGUGGCAUUCUGUUGUGAAAAAACUGCACAUUUUGGUAGCCUUUUAUUGUCCCCAGCACAAGGCGCAGCUGUAUAAUGAUCAUGCUGUUUAAUCAGCUUCUUGAUAUGCCACACGUCAAGUGGAUGGAUUAUCUUGGCAAAGGAGAAAUGCUCACUAACAGGGAUGUAAACAAAUUUGUGCACAAAAUAUGAGAGAAAGCAUUUUGUGCAUAUGGACAAUUUCUGGGUUAUUUUAUUUCAGCUCAUGAAACAUGGGACCAACACUUUACAUGUUGCACGUUUAUUUUUGUUCAAUAUAGCUUUUUGUUAAAUUUGACUGUGUAAAACCUAGCAGUACUACUUAUUUCUCUGCGAGUGAGGCGGAUAUAUAGGGUUUUGUUAAAAAAAACAUGAUUUGUCUCUGAAAUGAAACCAUCAAGUGAUAGAUUUAAAACAUACAUGUCUGUCAUUGAACAUGCCAUGAUUAGAUAUGAAAGACAAUGGUGUGUUUUUUCACUAAGUUAAAAAAAAAAAAACAAUAAGCUAAUUUACCAACAUUCCUGAAAAUGGAUAUAGCGUUUUGGAAUGAAACUUUUCAAAUACUAAAUCUGAGUUUGACUAUUUAGGCAUAUCUUAGCCAAAUGGAUCCUCCUCAUCAAUCCAAGGGAGGCAACAGACCUCGGGAUGGCAAACGUGGACCAAGCCAGUCCACUAUCCCUCAUCAGAAAGAUGCCUACGCCAGACUCCUCAGCCAGCAUCACAGCAGCAAGUUCAGAUCCUACCUGGACCAGUAUGUCCAACAACAGGGGGAAGAGAGGGGGCCAAGCGAACAGAGGCAGGGAUUAGCACACAGCGAAAAACAAGACAUACCGCAGAGAAAAAGGGACCAGGCAUUUAUCGAGUGCUCUGACUCGAGUGACUUCUCGCCUUCGCCUAUGAAAGGUAAGGGAGGAGAAGAGAGCUCUCUGUCCUUGUACAUGGACAAACUGAACAGUCGGGGAGCUCUGCAGGAGCCGGAGAGGAGGCAGGGGGUUUCCGACAAGCAGCAACGCAGGGAGAGGAGGGACACCAACACCAGUCAGGAUGGAGAUGUGGAGUCCGGUGAGGAGUUUGCCUUCCUCAAACAGAGGGACUCCCAGCAGCAACAACAGAUAAGAAACAAAGACCAUGCUUACAAAGUGCCCACAGGUAACCAAGCGAACAAGGACAUGAGUUACGGGGCAUCGCCCCCGAAAGCCUUCUCAACUGGCCCAGCUCAGGCGCAAGAGAAGAAGAAGUCCAAGAAGAAGAAUGUGCCAAAGACCAACGCAGAUAACAAGAGAGACGUGCCCCUGCAUCCUGACUUCGAUGCAGACAUGUCUAAGUCCCCCCUUAACAAAUCCAAAAACAUGCAACCACAAGGUAAAAAAUGAUAUUGACUAAGUGAAUGUACUUAUUGAAUUACCUUGACCUCAAAGUUGUCAUAUACGAUGAAGCUUUUGCGAACAGUUGUAUUUGCUGUUGAAGAUGUAGGUGUUGGAUUGAAAUCGGACUUCUAUUUUCAUCCUCAGGUGCCACUACGCCUUCUGACAAGGGUAAGAAGACUAGAGGAAGCCAAGGAGGAUCAAAGAAGCAAGUGUUUGAAGCAUACAUGACCGCAGAGGACGUUUCCCACGGCCUAAAGAGAGGAGAGCUCAUUCAGGUGAAACUAGACGUUCUAGACCUUCAUAAAAAAAUAUGAUUAGUGUGAAUUAUUGUAUCAAACCAUUAAAACCAAGUAACCACACUAAUUAUAUGGUUACUUGUUUACCAAAGAUCAGAAAAUGCUGACCAAGGGCUUUAUCUGUCAAAGAUUAUCUAACACGAUGGCGUGACAAGUUAAGCAUAGUAAUAGAAACAUUUCCAUAUUCUUCUUUUCAGGGAUCCAUAAGAAUCAACCCCAAAAAGUACCACGAGGCUUUCAUUGCAGCACCGGUGAGUGUGUGUUAAUAGAAAUAUACAGUAGCUUAUAUGUGUUGGCAGUAAUAUUUGUCUAAUGGCACUGUGCAUCUCUGCAGGAUGGCAAGCGGGAUAUCUUCCUGGAUGGAACCGCAGCCCGAAACAGGGCCCUGAAUGGGGAUGUGGUAGUGGUGCAGGUUCUCCCUCAGGAGCAGUGGAAGGUGAGCUCUAUGGAGGAAGAUGCAGCCUCAGCAUAAAUACACUGUGUACACAACAUUAAGAACACCUUCCUAAUACUGAGUUGCAUCCCCCCUUUGCCCUCAGAGCAGCCUCAAUUCGUUGGGGCAUGGACUCUACAAGGUGUCUGAAGCGUUCCACAGGGAUGCUGGCCCAUGUCGACUCCAAUGCUUCCCACAGUUGUCAGUUUGGCUGGAUGUCCUUUGGGUGGUGGACCGUUGUUGAUACAUACGGGAAACUGUUGAGCGUGAAAAACCCAGCAGCGUUGCAGUUCUUGACACACACCGGUGCGCCUGGCACCUACUACCAUACCCCGUUCAAAGGCAUUUAAAUAUUUUGUCGUUCCCAUUCACCAUUAUGAAUGGCACACAUAGACAAUCCAUGUCUCAAUUGUCUCUAGGCUUAAAAGUCCUUUAAUCUGUCUCCUCUUCUUCAUCUACGUUGGUUGAAGUGGAUUUAACAAGUCACAUCAAUAAGGGAUGAUAGCUUUCACCUGGUCCGUAUAUGUCAUGGAAAGAGCAGGUGUUUUGUAUAUCAUAUACACUGCUAUGUUUCCCCUACAUUCAAGAACAUUCAAGUAGCUUUAGGUGGGUUACGGCCAACUGUCAAUGGUUAUUAUGACCAAUGAUGUCUGGUUAUGGCACUUACGUUUGUGAACCACUCAUUUAUAUCCACUGAAGCAAUAACUUGUCGUGCUCUUCAUAAUAUACACCAUUUACCCGCUGUUAGGUUCUAAUUUCUGGUACAAUAAUCCAGAUGGACUCUGAGAAACUCACACUGGAUGUUGCACUGGCAAAAAACACAUCACACAAGCAUAUAUAUAUAUAUAUAUAUAUAUAUAUAUAUAUACUACCGGUCAAAAGUUUUAGAACACCUACUCAUUCAAGGGUUUUUCUUUAUUUUAGCUAUUUUCUACAUUGUGGAAUAAUAGUGAAAACAUCAAAACUAUGAAAUAACACAUAUGGAAUCAUGUAGUAACCAAAAAUGUGUUAAACAAAUCAAAAUAUAUUUGAGCUUCUUCAAAUAGCCACCCUUUGCCUUGAUGACAGCUUUGCACACUCUUGGCAUUCUCUCAACCAGCUUCACCUGGAAUGCUUUUCCAACAGUUUUGAAGGAGUUCUCACUUGAAGGAGUUUCCUUCACUCUGCGGUCCGACUCAUCCAAAACCAUCUCUAUUUUGUUUGGAGAUUGUGGAGGCCAGGUCAUCUGAUUCAGCACUCCAUCACUCUCCUUCUUGGUAAAAUAGCCCUUACACAGCCUGGAGGUGUGUUGGGCCAUUGUCCUGUUGAAAAACAAAUGAUAGUCCCACUAAUCCCAAACCAGAUGGGAUGGCGUAUCGCUGCAGAAUGCUGUGGUAGCCAUGCUGGUUAAGUGUGCCUUGAAUUCUAAAUAAAUCACACAGUGUCACCAGCAAAGCACACCCACACCGUAACACCUCCUCCUCCAUGCUUUACAGUGGGAAAUACACAUGCAGAGAUCAUCCUUUCACCCACAACGCGUCUCACAAAGACACAGCGGUUGGAACCAAAUAUCUCCAAUUUGGACUCCAGACCAAAGGACACAUUUCCACUGGUCAAAUGUCCAUUGCUUGUGUUUCUUUGCCCAAGCAGGUCUCUUCUUAUUAUUGGUGUCCUUUUAGUAGUGGUUUCUUUGCAGCAAUUCGACCAUGAAGGCCUGAUUCACACAGUCUCCUCUGAACAGUUGAUGUUGAGAUGUGUCUGUUACUUGAACUCUGUGAAGCAUUUAUUUGGGCUGCAAUUUCUGAGGCUGGUAACUCUAAUGAACUUAUCCUCUGCAGCAGAGGUAACUCCUGGUAUUCCAGCUUAUUUGAGCUGUUCUUGCCAUAAUAUGGACUUUACCAAAUAGGGCUAUCUUCUGUAUACCCCCCCUACCUUGUCACAACACAACUGAUUGGCUCAAACGCAUUAAGAAGGAAAGAAAUUCCACAAAUUAACUUUUAAGAAUGCACACCUGUUCAUUGAAAUGCAUUCCAGGUGACUACCUCAUGAAGCUGGUUGAGAGAAUGCCAAGAGUGUGCAAAGCUGUCAUCAAGGCAAAGGGUGGCUGUUUGAAGAAUCUCAAAUAUAAAAUAUAUUUGGAUUUGUUUAACACUUUUGUGGUUACUACAUGAUUCCAUAUGUGUUAUUUCAUAGUUUUGAUGUCUUCACUAUUAUUCUACAAUGCAGAAAAUAGUAAAAAAUAAAGAAAAAUUCUUGAAUGAGUAGGUGUUCUAAAACUUUUGACCGGUAGUGUAUUUAUAUCUUCUGACUACGCCCCUCUUCCAGGCCCCCUUUGUACUUUCCUUCUGCCCAAAUACAAUGCACGUAGAUUAUUCCAUCUAACCCGUAUCCCGAUUUACUACUGCUAGGUUAAUUAUAUAGUUACAAACAGACUAAAACUGGCUCAAGUCAGAUCGUCUCCAACACUGCUGGUGCACAGUAGCUAUCCUAAAAUCAGAACUAAGUGGUUGUGUAUGUACAGGUUGUGAAGUCAGACAGCGAAGGCGUGAGCGAACCAGAUACCCAGUCUGGGAAGAGCCAGACACCAGGGAAGAAGACCAAACGCCCCCCCAGUCCUGAUGUCAUUGUGGAAGCCGAGGCCGAAGCUGAGGAACAACUGGCCAAGAGGGUGGAGAACAUCAGCCUCAGCGCCACAGGUACAGGGUUUCCCCCUCAACAGGUUUAAUGAAACCACACAGCUUUAUGGCAAAAGUUCUCAAACUUUGUAGAGCAUAUCCAUUUGACAAAAAUAGGAAAUCUACACAGAUUGAUAACAUUUAUAUUUUGGGUUUCCAGCAUUUAAAAUUUUUUUCCCCAAAUUAAUUUUCCUGUUCUCCCUCUACAGAAGAUGGAAUUAAAAAAGAGAUACUCCAAAGGACUGCUAAGGUAAGCAGUUUAUUUUAAAAAUGGAUCAUUAUGGCUGCUGUGCGAUUGCAUGAGGAAAGACAUACUUCUAGUCACAAACAUUGAAAAAGAAAACCUACUGAUUUCCAACAAACAUCUCGCUCUAUAGAAAUAAUUGCCUUGAGACCUAUCCUUCUGUCAAACGCUUCUCGGUUUUGUUUUUUUCAACAGUCAAAAUCGGUGUCCUUGUGUCCUCUUCAUCUGCACCUUCUUUCUCCUAGGUGGUGUACGUAGUUGAGCAGAAGCACUCGCGGGCUGCCACAGGCUUCCUCAAGUUCCUCCCGGACAAGCCCUUUGCCAUGUUCUCUCCUGUCGACCACCGUGUGCCGCGGGUAAACGUUCCCCUGUCUGAUUGCCCCCACGACUUUUGUUCCCGCCCGGGAGACUACGCCAAGAUCCUGUUCAUCGUCCGCAUCACCAGCUGGCCAGACGACAGCAACUUUGCCGAGGGGUAUGUAAUGAGUCACUGCCUCACUGUAGGGAAUUUUCAGUAUCCCUACCCUGUAGCAUUGUGUCUCGUUCAUUAUACUUCCCCUCACUCAUAAGUGUUUGAUUUCAUGACUUGUAAGAAUUCUAAUACAAAUAAUUAUAGAGGCUUACGCUGUGGCCAGUUUAUUAGGUACACCUAUCUAGUACCGGGUCGGACCCCCCUUUGCCUCCAGACCAGCCUGAAUUCUUCAGGCAUGGAAACGUUGCUCAGUUGGUAUCAAGGGACCUAACGAAUGCCAGAAAAACAUUCCCCACACCAUUACACCACCGCCACCAGCCUGUACCGUUGACACCAGGCAGGAUGGGGCCAUGGACUCAUGCUGCUUAGGCCAAAUCUUGGUUCUGCCAGCAGCAAUGGUGCAACACUAAUACAAAUGAUAUUUUUUAACAAAUGCCCUUUCUCCAGUGUUGGAUAGCGCUCGCUAUGAGUCAUUCAUGAUUUGAAAUGCAAUCAAGCAUUUGUGUUUUUAAAAUGAAAUAACAAAGGGAGCCUUGAAUAAUUGGCCUAAACUAUAAAUAAACCGUUCCAUGUCGGCAAUUGCAGUCACGAUUGCAUUCGACUGUUUUUAGUCUUUGCUGUAAUAAAGGCUUUACAAAAAAGGUACGCUUAUAAUGUAUUUAGUGGUUACACUGUUCCAAAAGGAAGAAUUAUAUUGUAUUCUCACAACGCCUGUUUGUCCAUUAUGCAUGCAGCUCUUGCUCCUUAACUUAUUUUUCUUGAUCUCCAGUAGUUUCCACAACUAGUCAACAACUAGUCAAAUUUCUUCCCCACGUCUGACUUCCCCUGAGCAACCAUUUUGCUGUCACGUGUUCAGAGUUUAUAACCAAUUUAUUGAUUAUGAUAGGCUAUAUGUCAGACACCAGUGGUCACGUGCAUGCGAUGCUGACAUGUAAUGUAACGAGAGCAAGGGUUGAGAGAGCGGGGAAUGUUUUUCCUUAACAAAUGAAGGAUUUCGGUAAAAUAACUUUUCUGUCUGAAAUGGCUAAUUAUGUUGCAGCUUCAGCAACACGGACAGCGCGAUAAACACUGUUCUGUGGUGGUCGCUGCAGCAAGGAGGAGAGCGAGACAACGGGUGCUCGCCUCUGCUGGCUAGUCACACAGGCACUCGCUGUCAUUUUUUGAAGAACACCGCAGCAAGUCUGAGCCCGGCCCAAUGAAAUCAAUUGCGGUUGGACUCCCUCUAGAGUAAUUCGUGUGUCCUAAUUAUUUCAUCCAACAGUGCGCUUAAAGUUUUUUGAGAUACUGGAACCGGCGCGCCUGGCACCGACGAUCCUACCACGCUCAGUCUCUUAGGUCACUCGUUUCGCCCAUUCUAACUUUCAAUCGAACAGUAACUGAAUGCCUCUGCCUGCGUGGUGGUGUACCUGGCCACUGAGCGUUGUCAGUGCUUGUCUGUGAAUUCAAGUAGGCUUCUAGAGGAUCAGAUCUACGAAGCUCAGUUUUUGUGUGCAAAAAGCAAAGUGUAAAUCUCCGGUGAGCAAAGUGCAAAUCUUGUGUGUGCAAAGAAAUUGCAAAUUAAAAAGUUGUCAUAUAUGUAAUACACGUCAUAAUAAAGCUACAUUGAAGCACACAUCUUGCCCAUAUGUAUUGGAUGCUGACAGUCCUCCUUAUGUCUUCCCCCUCAGUCGACUUGCUAAGACUCUGGGCCAGGCUGGGGAGAUUGAACCGGAGACCGAGGGCAUCUUGAUAGAGUACGACGUGGACUUCUCUGAGUUCUCUGACGAGGUGCUGGGCUGCCUGCCCCGGAAGCUGCCCUGGACCAUCCCCCCCGAGGAGCUCGGCAACAGGAGAGACCUGCGGUGAGUAGAGGACGUUCACAAAUACGGCAUCCAUAUCAGGAAAUUGUCUGUUCUCAGACAAAACUCCCUCAGUUGUCAUGGAUGCCGUACACAAAGGCUCUCGUAUGCCCAAUUACGAUGGAGCCACUCAAUGUACAUAUGUAUUGCGCCAUUGUCUUUGCCUUUUAUAAGUACUAAUUUGACACAACUGAACAGGUGAAGACAACACUCAAAUGCAGAGUUAUUGUUUUCUAUUCAGGAAUGAAUGCAUAUUCACAAUUGACCCAGCUACCGCCAGAGACCUGGACGAUGCCUUGUCUUGCAAACCACUGCCUGACGGUAAGCCAUUUUGUGGUCCUUUGGAAAUAAAGGAUAGGGGAGGCAAUUUUGUUUUGAAUUUAUUCAUGUUUUUAUUUACUUGUGGAAAUCAAUGACAAUGUUCUCCUGUAAUGGUCUCUUUCUCAGGCAACUUUGAGCUGGGUGUUCACAUUGCUGAUGUGAGUUAUUUUGUGGAAGAAGGCAAUGCACUGGACUUCAUCGCCAGUCGGAGAGCCACCAGUGUCUACAUGGUUCAAAAGGUCUUCAUUUGUUAUUACUGAUAAAGUAAUGUAUUAGUCAAUUGAUAAUGAAUUAAUGUAUUAUUGGAUCAAGUAAGUUCUGACUAUUAGUUACAUUACUAGCUGAGCAUACAGUACGUUAACUGUGGAUGUUGUCCUGUGCCAUUCCCAGGUGAUCCCGAUGUUGCCCCGUCUGCUGUGUGAGGAGCUGUGCAGUCUAAACCCCCUGACCGACAGACUCACCUUCUCUGUCAUCUGGAAGAUCACCCCUGAGGGCAAGGUACAACCCCUUCAUACUAAGUAGGCUGGUGUGGCCAUAGAAACAGAACGCUGUGGCACUGUUUCCAUCAGAUGGAUGCAUUGUAUAAAAUAAUAUGAAAAUUCUAUUGCAUGUAUAUGCAGAUGUGUGCCACAUAAUCCCCACACUCCAUCUCUACCCCUCUAGAUCCUGAGUGAGUGGUUUGGUCGCUCGGUGAUCCGCUCGUGCGUCAAGCUGAGCUACGACCACGCCCAGAGCAUGAUCGAGGCCCCCGACAAGCUGUUCCAGACAGACGAGCUGCCCCCCUGUGCCCCAGAGCACCCCGUGGACGAGAUCCACCAGGCCGUGCUCAACCUGCACUCCAUCGCCAAGCGUCUCCGUGCACAGCGCUUCCAGGGCGGCGCCCUCCGACUUGACCAGGUCAGAAGUCACUGCAUAGUUUAGGACAGCUGUGUCAUGCUAUUUGGAGGAAAUGCCAUUUGUGCUGUAGUCACAAGGUCUCAGAAUAGGAGUGCUGAAUUUGGAUCAGUUUAGCCUUUUAGAUCACAGUGAAUGAACAGAGGGGACCUGAUCCUAGAUCUGCACUGCUACCCUGAGACACUUUUUGAAUACGGGUCCUAAAGAUUUAGAAUACAUUUACGUUAAGUGUAUUUUUGUUACCAUGUGGAGUGAGUAGUGAGGAUUGUAGUGAAAGGACUGUGAGAAAUCUCAGAAUGAUGACUGUGAUCUCCCCUGUCUUGUUUUGCAGUUGAAGCUGUCUUUCACUCUAGACAGAGAGACCAGCAUGCCCCAAGGCUGCUAUGUCUACCAGUACAGGGACAGCAACAAGUAAGUCAACCCCACACAAUACACAUACACUGAGUAUACAAAACAUGACAGACUGACCAGGUGAAUCCAGGUGAAAGCUAUGAUCCCUUAUUGAUGUCACUUGUUAAAUCCAUUUAAAUCAGUGUAAAUGAAGGGGAGGAGACAGGGUAAAGAAUGAUUUUUAAGCCUUGAGACAAUUGAGACAUGGAUUGUGUAUGUGUGACAUUUGGAGGGUGAAUGGGCAAGACAAAAUAUUUAAGUGCCUUUGAACUGGGUAUGGUAGUAGGUGCCAAGAACUGCAACGCUGCUGGGUUUUUCACGCCCAACAGUUUCCAGUGUGUAUCAAGAAUGGUCCACCACCCAAAGGACAUCCAGCCAACUGGACACAACUGUGGGAAGCAUUGGAGUCAACAUGGGCCAGCAUCCCUGUGGAACGCUUUCGACACCUUGUAGAGUCCAUGCCCUGACGUAUUGAGGCUGUUCUGAGGGCAAAAGGGUGUGCAACUCAAUAUUAGGACGGUGUUCCUAAUGUUUUGUACACUCAGUGUAUAUACACACAUUAUACCCAAAGAGUCAGUUCCCUAAGCAAGCUAACAGUGACUGUGCUCUCAGAUGGAGAUGCUCUCAGAUUCUAUAGAAUGUCUUGUCAAGUUGUCUAUGCCUUUCUUUUCCUCUCCUUCCUCUCCCAGGUUGGUGGAGGAGUUCAUGUUGCUCGCCAACAUGGCCACGGCCCACCAGAUCUACCGCUCCUUCCCCCAGAAGGCCCUGCUGCGACGCCAUCCCCCGCCCCAGACCAAGAUGGUGGACGACCUGCAGGAGUUCUGCGACCAGAUGGGAAUUAAUAUCGACUUCUCCUCGGCCGGGACGCUCCAUGUGGGUACAGUGGCUUGCGGAAGUAUUCACCCCCCCUUGGCAUUUUCCUAUUUUGUUAUCUUACAACCUGGAAUUAAAAUUGAUUUUUUUGGUGGUUGGUAUCAUUUGAUUUACACAACAUACCUACCACUUUGAAAAAGCAAAAUAUGUUCUAUUGUGAAACAAACAAGAAAUAAGACAAAAACAGAACACUUGAGCGUGCAUAACUAGUCAAUACUUUGUACAGCCACCUUUUGCAGCAAUUACAGCUGCAAGUCGGAUGGGUUCCGCUGGUGUACAGCAAUCUUUAAGUCAUACCACAGAUUCUCAAUCGGAUUGAGGCCUGGGCUUUGACUAGGCCAUUCCAAGACAUUUAAAUGUUUCCCCUAAAACCACUCAAGUGUUGCUUUAGCAGUAUGCUUAGGGCCAUUGUCCUGCUGGAAGGUGAAUUUCUGUCCCAGUCUCAAAUCUCUGGAAGACUGAAACCGGUUUCCUUCAAGAAUUUCCCUGUAUUUCGCGCCAUCCAUCAUUCCUUCAAUUCUGACCAGUUUCCCAGUCCCUGCCGAUGAAAAACAUACCCACAGCAUGAUGCUGCCACCACCAUGCUUCACUUUGUUGAAGCACCUUUGGCAGUGAUUACAGCCUCAAGUCUUCUUGGGUAUGGCACUACAAGCUUGGCACAUCUGUAUUUGGGGAGUUUCUCCCAUUCUUCUCUGCAGAUCAUCUCAAGCUCUGUCAGGUUGGAUGGGGAGCGUCGCUGCACAGCUUUUUUCAGGUCUCUCAGAGAUAUUUGAUCGGGUUCAAGUCCGGGCUCUGGUUGGGCCACUCAAGGACAUUCAGAGGCUUGUCCCGAAGUCACUCCUGCGCUGUCUUGGCUGUGUGCUUAGGGUCGUUGACCUGUUAGAAUGUGAACCUUCGCCCCAGUCUGAGGUCCUGAGUGCUCUGGAGCAUGUUUUCAUCAAGUAUCUCUCUGUACUUUGCUCCGUUCAUCUUUCCCUCGAUCCUGACUAGUCUCCCAGUCCCUGCCGCUGGAAAAACAUCCCCACAGCAUGAUGCUGCCACCACAAUGCUUCACCGUAUGGAUGGUGCCAGGUUGCCUCCAGACGUGAUGCUUGGCAUUCAGGCCAAAGAGUUCAAUCUUGGUUUCAUCAGACCAGAGAAUCUUGUUUUUCAUGGUCUGAGAGUCCUUUUAGGUGCCUUUUGGCAAACUCCAAGCAAGCUGUCAUGUGCCUUUUACUGAGGAGUGGCUUCCGUCUGGCCACUCUACCAUAAAGGCCUGAUUGUUGGAGUGCUGCAGAGAUGGUUGUACUUCUGGAAGUUUCUCCCAUCUCAACAGAGGAACUCUGGAGCUCUGUCAGUGACCAUCGGGUUCUUGGUCACCUCCCUGACCAAGGCCCUUCUCCCCCGAUUGCUCAGUUUGGCCGGGCGGCCAGUUCUAGGAAGAGUCUUGGUGGUUCCAAACUUCUUCCAUUUAAGAAUGAUGGAGGCCGCUGUGUUCUUGGGGACCUUCAAUGCUGCAGAAAUGUUUUAGUACCCUUCUCCAGAUCUGUGUCUCUACACAAUCCUGUCUCUGAGCCCUACAGACAAUUCCUUCGACCUCAUGGCUUGGUUUUUGCUCUGACAUGCACUGUGAACGGUGGGACCUUAAAUAGGCAGGUGUGUGCCUUUCCAAAUAAUGUCCAAUCAAUUGAAUUUACCACAGGUGGACUCCAAUCAAGUUGUAGAAACCUCUCAAGGAUGAUCAGUGGAAACAGAAUGCAUCUGAGCUCAAUUUCGAGUCUCAUAGCAAAGGGUCUGAAUGCAUAUUUCUAAGGUUUUUCUGUUUUUUAUUUUUAUAUGUGCAUAAAUGUCUACACCUGUUUUUGCUUUGUCAUUAUGGGGUAUGUUAUGUAGAUUUGAAAAGGAAAUGUUUUUAUUUAAUACAUUUUAGAAUAAGACUAACGUAACAGUGUAAAAAGUCAAGGGGUCUGAAUACUUUCCGAAUGCACUGUAUAUUAAUACACAUUUACACAACACAAUGUACACACUCAUUCUCUGAAGCACAUAAAAUCAACCUGAAUGUAUUCUACCCCUCCCCCCAAUAGAGAAGUCUGAAUGAGACUCUUGGUGAUGACGAGUACACCAGCGCCAGGAAAGAGGUCCUCACCCACAUGUGCUCCAGACCCAUGCAGGUUAGUGUGUACCACUACCAUCGUCUCUCUAUACUACUGCUUUAGCUGUCCACUCGCUUGUAUCUCUUUCCUGUUUCCCUCCAUUGGCUCCCUGUAUUGGUUGUAUCAGUCUACCACUGUAGUCUAUUGGGGCUCUAACUCUAUGUAUGUCUGGUUUGUCCCCCUAUGUUUUCCUCUUGGGCUGCCCCCAGCUAGCCAAAUAACAUAUCCAAAAUUUAUUUUUCAAAUUUUAAAAGCUGUAUUUGUAUUAUACUUGUUAAUGUCAAUGGGGUCUUCUUGUAGGCUGCCUUCUACUCUCUCUCUAACCUAUUUUGCUUUUGAGCCAAAUUCAGAAAUGUCACUCUCAGUGACCAAUGAUAUAUGAAUGCUUCCCUCCCCAGAUGGCUAUGUACUUCUGUACGGGGGUGUUGAAGGAGGAACCCCUGUUCCGCCACUACGCCCUCAACGUACCCUUUUACACCCAUUUCACCUCGCCCAUACGGCGCUACGCUGAUGUCAUCGUCCACAGGCUGCUGGCCGCCUCUCUGGGUGGGUGGCGACACUGGUCUGUGUGUGUGUGUGUGUGUGUGUGUUUACCCCAUAGAGGACAAUGUCUUUGUUGUGUUACGAGGGGUGGACCGAGGGCAGGCAGUGUCUCAGCUGUGUUGUAGCACCCAGAGAAGAUUGGCUCUGUGGUGGAAUAGCAAUGUGGUAAAAGACAAAAGCGUCCCUUAGAUUCCAAAACACCCUGAAUCUGAGCUGAUGUUUUUUUGUCCCGGUGUCUGUCUGAGAUUCACUGCCUUUUGGUGGUGUUGUGCUGCCCUCUCUGUAAGAGAACAGUAGAUCAAGUGUACUCCAGUGUGUGUGUGUUGUGUGCCUGUCUUUACAAUAGUUCUCCGCCUCUUUGUGACAUUUCUGGUGUGUAUAGGCUGUGGUCCUCACCUGGAGCUGAAAGGGGAGGAGGUGCAGAAGCAGGCGUCCCACUGCAACGACAGGAAGACUGCCUCCAAGAGAGUCCAGGAGCUCAGCUCAGAGCUGUUCUUCAGUGUGUUCGUCAAGGUACACCCAACAUACUGUGUAAUGUUCCCACUAGAGCAGGGGUGUUGUCUGACCCUACCAGGUCUGGAGCCUGCUGCUUUUCUCUUCUACCUGAUAAUUAAUUGCAUCCACCUGGUGUCUCAUGUCUAAAUCAGUCCCUGAUUAGAGGGGAAGAAUGAAAAAUCCAGUGGAACUGGCUUUGAGGUCCAGAGUUGAGUUUGAGGGCCCUAGAAUAUACCAGAUGUGGUUUGAAAUAGUAUUUGUUUAAUUUCAAAUACUAUGAGCAUUUAAUUGAGCCUGCUUAGUCUUAGAUGGGUGGUGUACUUUUGGGACUGGUCUAUUGGUUAUAUUGCACCAGGCAACCUUAAUCAAGUGCAUGUAAACAAUUUGAAAGAAAACAAAUACUAUUUGGACCCAGGGCUGUUACACACUCAGAUCUCCAGUUAGGAUUCAGCCCCUGGUGUUGCAUUCAGCGCAGCCCCAGCGGUGGCACUGUGCAGAAUCUUAUUUGCCCCCCCCCCCCCCCGCAGGAGAGUGGUCCCCUGGACUCUGAGGCCAUGGUGAUGGGAAUUCUGGACCAGGCCUUCGACGUCCUUGUGCUGCGCUACGGGGUGCAGAAACGCAUCUACUGCAAAGUGAGUACCACUCAAACCAUUGCAGUAUUCAUUUUGCGUGACAAUACCAGAUUAUCUGAUUGAGAUUUGUUAUCUUAUGUCCUGCUUGGGUCCAUAUAGUGCCGAACACGACAGGUGCUCUUUGGCAGUGGUUCUCAAACCUCUCCUCGGGGACCCCCAGCCGUUCCAUGUAUUUGAAUUAUUCCAGAGCUAGCACACCUGAUUCAACUCGUCAACUAAUCAUCAAACCCUUGAUAAGUGAGUCAGGUGAGCUAGUUCAGGGCUACAACAAAAUUAUGAAAUGUCUGCGAGUCCCCUAGGAGAGGUUUGAGAACCACUGCAUUAGGGUACACCGUAGUGCAACAUUUCCAAAAGUUUUUAAUUUUUAUUGGACAAGUUCAGAAAUAACCUCCAUUUCAGGCCUUUUCUGAUAGUUGUCUUCAAUUUUGUGCUGUGUGAACACGACCCAGGUUACCAUCCAUAAUCAAUCAAUCAAUCAAAUUGUAUUUAUAAAGCCCUUUUUACUUCAGCAGAUGUCACUAAGUGCUAUACAGAAACCCAGCCUAAAACCCCAAACAGCAAGCAAUGCAGAUGUAGAAGCAGGGUGGCUAGGAAAUCUCCCUAGAAAGGCAGAAACCUAGAGAUGAACCAGGCUCAUAAGUGACUCAUCUUUCCAUUAGAUACCACGUCAAGCUUUAUGGUCCUAUCUAUAGUCUUUAUCCUGUACUAUGAUAUACAUGAGAGAGAGAAGACGGACGAAUGUUAGGUAAACAUUGUUUUGUCAGCAUUUCAUAACUUUACACCCCAAGACCUUGACUGAAACGGCUUGAUAGCAUCUAAUUAUCAACUAUUGCACUACAAAAAAACGAAGCUUUAGUCUAAUUUUAAUUACACUUAUGGAUACUAAGUUGAAUGAAAUCAGGUUCAUAUUCAAUAGGCACCAAACGGUAGAAAAUUGACUGAAACGGAGAGGGACUACCUGGCCUAAUUUAAGUUUUCUGUUGCAAAAUAUUUACGUUUUCUGUUACGUUCCCUGAUGAACACAACCCAGAUAUAUAUGAUCAGAAAGAGUAAAUGAUUCUCCUGUUUUGGAUGAACAGAAUGAAUGCAGAGGUGUGUAGUUGGAUAUGUGUUAAGUUGUGUUGUCAUGUUCUUCAGGGUCUACAGGGCCUGGAGACGUUCCACUUCCACAAGGUGGGGAAAAAGGGGGAGUUGACUCUGGUGUGGGCCGCAGAGGAACCCGGGAAGCCUAGCGUACGGCAGGUAAGAACUAGGGAUGGUGACAAAUGACUUUUUUUAAAUCGGUUUUCCGAUUUUGAAUUUCAUAAAAAUCCAAGUCAAAUCCUAUUGCGUGGUAUGACCGAUAAGGGGCGAUGAAGUUCUACCGCAGUCAUACAGUAGUCUUAGGCAUCUGCAAUCUGCUUUGUGGCUGACUGAAAGGGCAGGUGACAUUUUGUCCCGAAGACAACAGUUAAUUCAUGUUAACUCUAGUGUUCCUUCCAUUCGUUAUGUGCAUUAGUGACUCACAACAAAAAAGAAACCUAGCCAAGUGAUCACAGGUCUUCUCCCUACAUUAUCUUUUCCCUCCAUUACGUCUCACUAAAUUUCGAUCCGACCGCUCCCUCUAUACACACGUGCUGCGCACCCAAGCUCCCAUUAGGCCUACGGAAAUUACUGCCUAUAAAAAGGGAUCUAAAUUAUGGGAUACACAAGCAAAACUGUAGACGAGCUACAUUCCAACUAUUGUUUCCAGAGGCCCCAACAGGAUUGAUUUAGCAUGUUUCCUAAGAUAACCGUUCACUCUCCAUACAAAUCUAAGAGCUCAGCUGAAGUUUUGGUUGGAUUGUUUUGAAGGCGCUAGACCGCUAGUACAUGAGAAUGUUAUUAUUUAGUGUCCUCUGUCACUAACAAAGGGUUGUCCUGUUCCGGUCUGUCCUUUAGGAGAUCUCCAUCUUUAGUCUGGUGGACGUGCAGCUGAGGGCAGACGGAGCGCCUAUGAAAUACAGCGCUGUCAUCAAGAGGCCCAAUGAGACGGCGUAAUGAAUACUCUCAUGUGCCCCCAAUAACACACACACACACACACA